UUUAGGGUUUGCCUUUGCUCUCUCUCAUUGCAGAGGAGGACCUUAAGAAAAGGAGGGCCCGAGGAGGGGAGAGAGAGAGAGAGAGAGAGAGAGAGAGAGAGAGAGAGAGAGAGAGAGAGAGAGAGAGAGAGGAGAUAGUGUUCUUUUGUGUCAUUUCCGUUUCUCUUCUUCUUCUUCUUCUUCUUCUUCUUCUUCAACAAAGGGAUUUUGAUUCUGUCUGAAAGAGAGUUCCCAGUGACGGAUUGUUUCUCUCGAACCUCCCGUUGCUGUUCGUCCUCCCCUGAAUGCCUUCUCCCAGUGUUCAGGGUCCGUCCUCUCCUCUUUCUCAUUUGUUUGAUUGCUGGGAUUUUGCUCUGAUUCUUAAUUGAUUGCAUUCCGAUCGAAGUGGCGAUUCUAUGUGCGGAGGAGCGAGGGAUUCGUAGGUCUUGCGACGAUGAACCAAAGGAGAUUGGUAUGAAAUGACCUAGACUUGUAGCUGUCACUAGCGUGUCGAUAUUGAGGAAGCAGACUCCACCAUUGUUUUUGGGUCCUCCAAUAUUGUUUGUGAUGGCUAAUCCAUCUAGGAAGAUUCCUUCGCUAGGAAUGUCCUGAUCUUAACUGCUCCUAGCAUGCCCUCCGUCUGUCCUCUUCCAACUCCGCGAGAAACUCUGCAUAAUGGCUGUAGCUCUUCAUCACCAUUCAGGAUUCAAACCUCCAAACCGGUCUCAGAGAUGCAGACUCCAGUCCUUCACUAACCUCGACUUCGCCCUAGCUGACCUUCCCCGAACCGGUUCAGUCCACCACUCCUCCUCAGAACAAGCCCUCGAGAUCACUAACGUCCACAGGUGCUUCUCCACCCCAUGCCUUUCCUUGACCUCCAAGGUGGAGGACGACUUCGACAUGAACCCGAGGAUAGAGAUUGUUGGAGGCAACAGGGACCCUAGAGCUCGUGCAUUAGUUGUGGAAGUUGCUAUAGCUAUGGCCUCGGGCAUCAAUAUCGUGCCUGUUUCAGAAGGACUAGGGGGAGCCUACAUCUUGCAGGGGCGUAAUGGUCACAACAUUGCCCUUGCAAAGCCAAUAGAUGAGGAGCCCUUGGCAUUCAACAAUCCUAAAGGCUUUGGGGCCCUGAUGCUGGGCCAGCCUGGGCUGCAACGGUCUGUUCGGGUUGGCGAAACGGGCCUUAGGGAACUGGCUGCUUGCCUUCUUGACCACGACGGGUUUGCUGGGGUCCCUCCAACUGCUCUUGCCAAAAUAUCCCAUGUCCCAUUUCAUGUGAAUGACGCAUCAGGGAUAUCCCCGGUGCCAUUCAAGAUUGCUUCGCUGCAGCGCUUUGUGGAUCACGAUCUUGAUGCGGGGGAGCUGGGCCCAUCUAGCUUCUCUGUUGCCUCGGUUCAUCAGGUUGGGAUUUUUGACGUGAGACUACUGAACCUCGAUCGUCAUGCGGGAAAUAUACUUGUGAAGAAGUAUGAGCAGGGGAAUUGCUCCACGGGGUCCCUUGAGCUCAUCCCAAUCGACCAUGGCCUCUGCCUCCCUGAAUGGCUUGAUGAUCCUUACUUUGAGUGGCUCCAUUGGCCACAAGCCUCUGUUCCAUUCUCAGAUUCAGAGUUUGAGUACAUAUCUAACCUCGACCCUUUUAAGGAUGCGGAUUUAUUGAGAGCUGAGAUUCCGAAUCUGAGGGAAUCCUCUAUAAGGGUCCUUGUUGUUUGCACCAUUUUCCUGAAACAGGCAGCCGCUGCUGGGCUCUGCCUCGCUGAUAUUGGUGAGAUGAUGACUCGUAGUUUUUCGGGCAAGGAGGAAAAACUGAGCUUCUUGGAGAAUUUCUGCCUGCAAGUGAAGAAAAGCAUGGAAAGUUGUUUCAUCUUGGAUGAAGAGAACCACUGGACAGAGGAAGAGGUUGAUGACACUGAAAUGAUUCAGUUCGAUGUUGAAAUUGAAGAUGGUUAUGACGAAACAGAUUUGGACACAAAGCCGGCCAAGAUCCUGAGGUUCUCAUCGCUGAAGUCCAUGACUGCUCUCCUUGAUUUGUCUUUCCCUCCGCAAUGCGACGAAACCGACCAGUUCAUUCCAGAAUAUGAUGCAAAAACCACGGAAGAAAAAGUCGGUGGAAGUGAUAUCAAUGGUACUGAUAAAUUCAAGAAGGGGGUUCUUCCCAGGAGCAUGAGCUUCCAAGCACAGAAGCACAUCAACGACAGCGGAGGAAUCUCCUUCGGGGACAUGAGCGAGGACGAAUGGGAUCUUUUCUUGGAGAGUUUCGCGAAGCUCUUGCCCGAAGUGAUCGAGAACUGGACUUGCAAGGGUUUGAAGCAAAGGCUGGGAACCUCCUGCGAGUUCUGAGGUAAUCACAUUGUGAAGUAAAAGAAGAAGGGUAAUAACGAAAAUGAACCGAUAAAAACUUAACACAUGUUCGCUCGUACUUAUUGUAAUCGAGAGAACGGAAAAUGCUGCCGACAACCUUAUUAGGGUGAUGUAGACUGAUUUGUAGAUAUGAGGAGAUUUUAGGGGUGUUAAAUGGAAAAGUGAUGGGAUGAAGAGCCAUCCUUUCCUUCAUCUUACCAUAAAACAACAAAAAGAAACAAAAAGGACAUUCAUUUUUUCCCCAAGUUUAUGUAUCAUCAUUUGUACAAUGAUUUUGUUCAUUUUUCUUGCUCA